AUGCACUCUUCCAUGUGCUUGGAACUGAAGAGAUUAGUUGAUAGAAUCAUGAGAAUCUUUCCUGAUAUAGAAGAUGCUCGGCCAGGAAGCUCUGCUGGGAUUAAGACUCUAUGUUUGCUCAACAUAGCUCUGGAGAAAGCUAAGCUGCUUCUUCAAUACUGCAGUGAAUCCAGUAAACUCUACAUGGCUGUAACGGGAGAUGCUAUACUCUCAAGAGGUUGUAGAGCAAAGAAAGCAUUAGAGCAACGCUUAAAUGACAUCCGAAGCAUGGUACCGACUGUUUUGGCUACCAAGAUUGCUCAGGUAGUCCAAGAUCUUAGUUCAACUGUUUUGACUCUAGAAUCAUCUGAAGAAGAAGCUGGGAAAGCUGUCAGAGAACUGAUGCAACGGAGCACAUCUUCUUCUGUUUCUUCUGAUGAGAUCAGAGAUUUCCAUUUUGCAGCAUUGAAGCUCCACCUUUCAACACCUGAAGCCAUUGUGAUAGAGAGAAGAUCCCUAAAGUUGCUUUUGGCGAAAUUAGGCGAGUGUCAAGGGGACAAGAGACAGAUUCUGAAGUACCUUCUCUGUCUCCUGAAAAAGCAUGAAAAAAUCAUUUGGAGAGAUCACAAAGAGAACUCUUUCACAAGGCAUCAGCCUGUUAAUGAUUCUCUGUGUGCUAGUGCUGCAGAGGCCGGGUGUUCUGAGGAACGCAAUGCUAAUCUUCCGGAACAAUUUAAAUGCCCUCUUUCCCUUACCGUGAUGUAUGACCCUGUCAUCAUUUCUUCAGGACACACUUUUGAGAGGAUGUGGAUUCAGAGAUGGUUCGACGAAGGUAAUGUUUCAUGUCCUAAAUCAAAAAGGAGACUGGAUGAUUUCACAUUGAUGCCCAACGUAGCGAUGAAGGAUCAGAUAUCAAAAUGGUGCUCCAAGCACGGUCUUGAUGUUCAAGAUCCAACAACGAAGCACACAAAGGCUCUGCACAGCAUUGACUUCUCUGUUUCCAUCGCUAGUUUCGGAAGUUCUCUGUGCAAUAUCCCUGAUCUCAGCGGCUUCUCGAGUACGGAUUUCAGCUCGAGCUUCUCCACUGAUUCGCCGUCCUACUCUAAGAUGUUAAAGGGUGGUUACUUCACUCCAAUGCAGACGAUAAAUUCCGAGUCAGGCACUGUUACCACAGAUUCUUGUAACAGCGAGAUGGAGAUAGAGCCCUUAUGUGAACUCACCAACCUUCCAUGGGAAGCGCAGAUCAAGGUCAUCGAAGAUGUAAGAAGUCGUUAUGAGCACAACACUCGGGCCUUUCGGUUUAUGUCACCGAGUAAAUUUCUUGAGCCACUUAUCACAUACCUGAAGAAUGCAUAUGAAAGAAAUGGCACAACGGGAGAUAUAAUAAAGGGUGGAAUGGGUUUGUUAUUGGAUUUCCUCAAUGGAAAUAGGAAGGCUAUAGAAUCUUUGGAAGAAGAUGUUUUCAAGACGUUGUCGGUCUUUCUCGGGUCCGAGGUAGUAGCUGAAGAAGCUCUGAACAUACUUAAGGUUCUCUCUAACCAUUCGCACUGUCUCUCCAAGAUAACUUCAUCAGUCUCUCUCUCUUCCCUUCUGAGGAUCGCCGAGUCUGGAGCAGAACAUCUGCAAGAACAAGCUAUGAUCACACUCAAGAACCUUUCCUCAAGCAAUGAGAUUUGUCUGGAAAUGGUAGCUCUCGAUUUCAUCCAGAAGCUCACAUCUUUCUUGCAACAGAAUGUUUUCAGCAAACACUCGAUCAUCAUUCUGAAAAACCUCUGCAACGCCGAGAAAGGCCGGGUUUGUAUGACCGAAACCCCGGGUUGUAUAGCUUCCAUAGCUGAAUUACUCGAGUCAAAUGUUCCCGAGGAGCAAGAGAAUGCAAUCUCCAUCCUCCUACAGCUCUGUGUGCAGAAGAUAGAAUAUUGUUAUAUUGUCGUGAAAGAAGGCGUUGAUCUUUACUCAUCUCUUCUCUUGAUAUCCAACAAUGGAACCGAGGAAGCGAAGGUGGGUGCAUCAGAAUUGCUUAGAGCUCUCGAAGAAGUAGAUUUAGACAGAGAAGAAGAAAAAGAAGAAGAAGAGGAAACCUGCAGACCAGAAGAAGAAGCAACUGUCGCAACUAUUGCACAGGUUGUUACUCAUCAGAAACCUAUAAUAACAGCACCAUCUCCAAAGAAAUCAGGUCUUUUUGGAUUCAGUAUCUCCAUUCUCAAGAAGAAGAAAAGAUAA